AUGGAGAGUGGGGACACAGUGGCUGAGCGCUUGGCCACACCGAUCAUUUCGGAUAUUCCAAAGGACUGCGAGAAUAAACUGCCGACUCCCUGUUGUUCUUCGGCCUCUUCCUCGACGUCUGGUGUCACCUCGCCUUCAAGCGAAAAUGGGUUCAAGUCCAACAAGUAAUUGCUUUUUUUGCAUUCCAUUUGACUUCAAAUGGACACUUUUUUACUUUUAGGGAAAACUGGCCUUGUUCGGCCAUAACUUACCAUAAAAUCAUCAGUAAAAAUUGAAAUAACUCUUUCACAAAGAAAAUAUUUUUAGAAGUGUAAAAACCGUGAAUUCGGAAGAGAAUCGAGCUCUUGAAUCUGCGGAUUCAGAUGUGAAAAAGUCCUCGGAGGAGUCGAAUCAACCCUGCACUUCCAAGGAAUUCGAUGGAUACCAUUGCCCAAACUUUAGAAAGUUCUAUUCGCAACGAUAUCCCACGUUACCAACGAUGUCAAUUGUGGAGCCAAAGGCUGCAAUUUUCGAGGAACUUCUCAUGGACGACUUUGCUUUUCUUCUUUUUAAACACAAGGAGGAUUAUAAAGUAAGGUUUUUUUGUUGACGGGUAAGGUUCAAAACUUGAUAAAACACGUAGAAAAUAUGUAGCAGUUUGCUAAAAUAAAGAGGAAAUUUUUGGGCCAUGCUUUGCAGAAAUCACCGAAAUUUUGGGGCUGGAAAAUGAUGAGAAUUCAAAAACUCCUUUGAAUUUUUUGUAGUAGCGUAUUGCCUGCAGAAAUUAUUAAAUCUAUCGGAUUUGUUGAUUGUUGAGCUGAAACUUUCUAACUGCUACAUGGCCUUGGUUAAAUUUUUAUGCCAAGUUUCAUGCAAACCGCAGCUCCACACCUAAUAUUUCCUUGUAAACAAAAUUUUUAUUCGUUUCUCAAAUGCUGACAAAAUUUUAUUUUCUUUUUUAGAUCUUCCGCAAAUUGGAGAACGAUAUCCGGGCAAAGGAAGUCGCGGAAGAGAAGGCCAAGAAGGCCUUGGAAGAUGAAAUCAUCAAGACAGCUCCCAAAACCCACAAGAAAAAGGGGAGAAAAUCAAAGGUGAGUGUAUGGGAAACUGACAAAACUUUUGCGAACUCAAGUUUAAUUUUUUAUGACUUAUCACUACAGUAACCCAAAAUGCAUUUUUGAACCAAUUUUUUAAACUUUUUUGCUCAAGCUUUCAUUUUGCCAACGUUUAAAAUUUUUUAAGUUCCCCCCGGAUUCAUUACACUCUAUAAUAUUUUGCAAGCUCUAGAAUUCCAGGUUGGCUAUAAAUAGAUUCCCUGAGGGCUUUUUUGUGUAAUUACUUUCUUCCCUUAAUUAUGUUACGUCGAGUAAUUCCAAAUAAAUUAUUCACAACAUCUACAAAAAAAAAUUCUUGGACUUUGGCCAAAACUGGAUAAAAAAACUCUUACUAAUCAAGUUGGGUCCCAAAUUUAUAAUUUUUGGAUGGAAUUUAAAUAAUUUAUGGGAUCAGAAUCCCGCAUUGCUUAUGAGACCUUGACCGCAUGCAUUUUAAAUCAUUUUUCAUUUACAUCAUUCUUCAGGCUGAGGUCGAGCGAAUCGAAAAAGCGCGACGUCGGAAGGAGAGACGCGACAAAAAGGAGCGACGGCUCAAGGAAAGUGAGGAACGCCGGAGGGCACGAAGACGGGAUCGUGCCGAAAGAAGGGCCAGAGGCGAGAUCAACACAAAAUUGGAAAAAGAGAAAAGAUUGGAGAAAAAGAAAGAGCAUGAUGAAAGAAAGAGAGCCAAAGAAGAGAGGAGACAGCAGAGAAAAGAGAGAAAGUUGAAGGAAAAGGAAAAAGAGAGAGACUUGUUGGACAGGAGACAGCAGAGAAAGGUCGGUUUCCAAGUUUUAAUUGGGAAUACUGCACUGUCCAAUGUUUUGGAUUUUCGGGGAAUUCGAGACCGAGUCAGGUUGGAUUCGUUUGAAUCCCUGCGAUUUUGGACCCGUUUUGGAGGAAGCCAUGAUAAUUUCGCGAUUUUGUUUUCGUGCAUAUAUCCAGCUGUUAUUUGAAAUGUUUAUUCAGCUGACAACACCCAUUUCGUAAGCUUUCUGAAUUUGUUAUUUAUCCGUUUUCUGAAGCUUAUUCCAUCGAAAUAUUUCGUUCGUUUCUAUGGCUUCCACCUUUUUGAGUUUUGACAUUUUGUGAGCCCAAAAACCCCAGUCUGAAAUUCUAUUUAUUGCCGUAUUUUAAAUUCGAAAUGACGCUGCUAAUGGCUUCUCUCUCAUUCUGAUUCAGAAGCCAUAAAAAUGCUAAUCAGACGUUUGAAAUUUAUGUUUUGAGCAGAGUUUUUUUCUGUUAUUCGAGAUUAGGGGAUUACGUCGUCCGGGAAAUUCAAUGUUUUUGGGGAUUAGCCGGCAGUUUAGAGACGGAUGAGGGAACACCCAAAAUUUUUGCUGGUCGAUUAGCCGGGUGUUGCACGUACUUGUAGCAGAUUAACCGGUGUUUAUUCCGAUUAAUUCUUGCGUGCCAUUUCGAGGGUUCAGAUGAGUAGAAGAGUACUUUGAAAUGAAGCCAUUUUUUGUUUGUUUCCCAGGAUGUCUGUCCUCUCGGUUUCCCUGAAAUUAUACCCUGAGGGUGUAUGAUUACGGCGUGGCAGUCCGCCGCUUAUGAUGCGAAUUUCCCCUCGAGCAAAUUACCCGCUCCGUCGCCUUCGCUUUUCCCCCAUCUUUUCAUUUUUUGAUCUUUUUUGUCAGCUUUUUUAGAUGCUGACUCUCGAAUUCGUAAAUGUAUUAAAUCACUCGAAAGGUUAUUUUGCUGAGCAUUUCAAGGUCGGCAAUUCGAUUAUUAGUCGAAAGCCCUCUUUGGCCUGCCGCCCCCUCUGCUGCCUCCGUCUCCUUUCCACCUUCCUUCCUUUCCUUUUUCGUCGAUUCUUGUCUCGAUAAUGAUGGCCUUCGCAGAUUCCCGCACCCGUCAAGGUCGGCAUGUUUUCCAGCCGGCGCUGAUUUCCCCACUCCCUCUUCGCCAACUUUUCUCAUCAAUUUGUUUUAAUCCGCCGUCGCCGGGGCAUUACACUGAUAGCGCGUUAUCAGUGGAGCUUGUGGGUGUGGAAGGACUCUGAUCUUCAGUUUAAAGUUCUCGUCUAUUUGCUCAACGCGCCUUUGUACCAAUCUUUAUUUACUGAUAACUCCUCUGUGUUUUCCUUGUGUUUCAAAACUCCUUACUAAAAAUGAGGCGAUUAGAAUAUGAUUCCGGGAUUAUGUCGAGGAGGAAAUGAUUCGAAAUUGUUUGUGGACACAUAAUCCAUCUUAGUGUUCGACUUCUAUUUUUGCAAGUGAUUCGUUGGAAGCGCCGUGAAUUCUUUUUCCCCUUCCACCCACCCAUUCGGUGUCUUUUUGUAAGAUCGUCGAUCUCCUUUUCCUUCCAAAAGUACAGGAAAUUCCACAAACAAAUGUCAUGAUAAAUGACCCUGAUAGAUGAGUCUCUUCAGGAGUCAUACGACCAGUUCAAAGGCCGUCAAUUUUGGGGUAAAUACGAGUGUUUAAUGUUUUUGGAGCAGUUUUUUGUUGGGGAUAAAAAUAGAGAAAAUAUAUUUUUCGUUUGAUGCCUUGUUUUCAAGCAAUUUAUUGGUCUGUUUCACAAGUCAUAGCCGUGUUUUGUAAGCUGCAGAUAGUAUUUCGAUAAGAGCGUCUCCGUUUUUCGUACGAUAAUUUCAUUCCCCCACUUUACAGCGUUGUUUUUGGGAUCAACGUCGAUUCUUAUCGCGCUCGCCUUGACCUUGAUGUGUCGUUGUGUUGAAUGUUCCGCGCUCUUAUCAGCCAUUAACGUGUCGGCACUUAUUCCAAGCCCAAAAGCGUCGCCCGCGCUUUUCCGAAACUUGGGGGUCGUUACGGUCGUUGUGUAAUCAUUUUUUAGGAUUUAAAAAUUUUAUUUUGUAAAUAUUUGUUUUGUCCUCCAGAGAAUUUUAUCCGCUUCCUUUGGAAGAGCCAAAAACUCGGAGAUUAGAUUAGAAAUAGCCGGAGGGGAAAUGGAAAUCCGAUGCAAAAUUCGAGGUUUAUAAUGUAAUCGGCUCGGGAUUAAUUUGGGCCGUGCGGAUUAACGGAAACACGGCACCGUUUUUAAUCUCGUGGCCUUUAAUCUUAAUUACAGUGUCGGCCGAAAACAACCACGUAUUUCCUGGAAGGGCUGCAUUAUAAAUGGUGUUAUAAAAAGCAGAGGUCAUGCCAAAAAAAGGCGCUCGCGCAUUCCGAAAUUUAUUAGGAAUUCCAAUAUGAAUUCAGUCAUCCGACUCGUCUAAUGGAUUCAACUCAUUUCUUGCAAGGUUCUGCAGCUAAUGCAACACAUUGUCCGAGGCUAUUCAAUAUUUCCUCAGGCAUUUUCGCAACGUUUGCCCGCCCUCUCUCCGCUGACCUUAUCGGUUUUCCAAACAAUGUUUCUAGACUUUGAACUCGGGGGUAUUUACACAAUUCCGGCCCAACACUUUCCCCCCGCUUCUCGCGGCUUCGCCCCAUCGGCUUCAGGGAACCGUUUCGAGGCCAAUUUUAGAGCCCCGAAAUUGUUUGUUUCCGUUGCGUGUUUUAAUCGCCCGCCGUAUUUUUAAUGCACUCAAGUAGCGAAAUUAGCAUUCGAAAUAGACGUUCCGCCACUUUUCUAUUUCCCUUCGGAAGUGAGUAUUGAAUAAGCGACCGAUAUUCCAAUUGAAUGGAGCCUCCUUUUUCGGAUAUUUCAGACAUUCGUAAGCUCCCAAACACGGGGAGUGGAAGGAAGGAAAUUAGUGUGUCAUUCAUCGCGUUUUUCGUCUGACCUUUGAUCCGGAAGGCCUUCUGUUUUUUUUUGCGGCGGAGUUCAUAAAAUUUUUCCGCAGUUUACAACGACCGUAGAAUUGGUCAGCGAUUUGGAAAUUGGUUCGUUCUGGGAAAACUUGGUGGGAUACAGAAUAAAAGAUUGUUUUGGAGGGUGGGAACCCCCUUGGCAACAGUUGGUUGCCAUGUUUUUGCAUGCAAAUGUCACAAAAAUUACCACAUUCUUUCAUCAGGAUUUAAUUAAAUCCUUGAGUCUCGUCUACGCUUAAUUAAAUUCGUAUUCCCUCCAUUUUGCGAGUGUUUUUUCGUGAAUUCUUAAAGAGUAUUUUCUGGGACGGUCCCUCGAAUUGCAAUUCCGCUCCGUUCCCCUCUCCCUCCCACCACGUUUUUCGUCGGGAACGUGAAGAACACCCGAGAAUUUUAAUUCCGAAUGUUCGCAUCGGAAAGACGUUUUUCGGUUGAGUGACAGCUCUUUUUUGGACUCUUCCGUCUUUCAAAUUACUCAAAUGUUUGAGUGAAAUGCGACGCGAAAGCACCGACAGGCGUCGUGUGUUUUUUUGCCCCAUGCCAAAAGUUAUUUUAAUUGGCUUCCUUGUGCCUGGCCGGCCUUAAUGGCCACGAAAUGUGUUUUCAACAUGACCUCCGAAGUUGUGCACUUUUGCACGCCGGUUUUGGUCGUUAAAGUGUGGGUUUUUCCCCUCAACGCGGGCGUUCUCUAAGCUCUGAUUUGGGGGCCUUUUUAUGCGUUGUUUUAACGGCCCUAAACCCGUUGAACCGGCACUAAAUUGUGCCGGGAAUAGUGUUGGUCUUGCACUUUUUUGCAUGGACUUUGCAUCGCCAUUUCCGGCCAAUUUUGCGGCCCAACUUCUGACCCAAUUUCCGCCGAAUGUAAUAUUGAAAGGUCUUAUUUUUGUUCUUCCUAAUUUGGGCCGUGCUCGGCGAAGCGUGCGCGAGUCGAAUUGCUGUCGUGGUAAUUUGGUCGGAAUGCCUUUUCAGGCUUCUUUAGACAUGGCAUGUUCAUGUGAGAAGUGGAGCGUGAACGGCGGGUUGUUUGUGGGACUUUUGGGGUCAAAACUCUCGCCUUUUGAGGACAAAAACUUGUGCAUUUUGGAGUAAAAUCCUUUCACGCCCUCUCCUAUAAUCGUCCUUUCACUCCAACCCAUUUUCUAAUCGACUAUUCACUGCGUUGCAAAAUCCAGAAUCCCCAAAUAUUGCUAAUUGUUGUCACGCGCCCUCGGCCUCCCUCCCAUUUUUGUUCGCCGUUUUCCCGCCAAAGCCUUCAACAACUUUCUCAGGCUUAUUGUGGGGAAAUAAAACUCAUAAAUAUGAAAGGAAUGUGUGAAUAUUCCCUACCCGUGACGUGUCCUCGGUCCUUUUUUGUUGGUUUUCUCGCGAUUGUUUGACCCCCAAAGUGCACGCCGCCCGAAAAUAGUACAAAAAAAUGUGGAAUCUGGGUCCGGAGCGGGAUCUAUGGGUCUGAUUGGGGGGAAUUCUUCCUAAUUCGUCCGUUUUCCGACAAUUCUUUGCAAAACGUUGGAGACCGGCGACGUCACAGAGCGUUUUGAAAAGAGAAAAUUGGCCGGACGACCCACCGGAAAUGCAUUCUAAUGCUCCCCGUACCUGUUGCCUAGUUGGCCGCAAACCGCAGUUCAAGGGCUGGAAGUCAUUUGUUCCCCGCUUCUGGAUGACACCAUCCUCUACGUGGGGGAUCGCCUUUCUCUUUCUUUCACUCCUUUUAUGGCGAAAUCCCUCGGGCGGAUAAAUCUUUUCCCUCCCAAUUUUUGGUCUCAUUGGGAGAUUGAAUGCGGGUUUUUUGGGGGUCCGAAAAACGCCGAAACAAUAUUUCAUUUCACUCAAAAUAACGCCAUGCCCUUAGGGGGGUUUGGUCCCUUCGUCUCAUUUUUUGAUUAAAAUACCACGAGGAACAGUAACCUUUCUCCGGGAGAUUCUGGAUUAUGCAAGAGCCCGGGGAUUAGAGAGCGGAUUAAAUGGAGAGACCGCAGAGAAGCGAAGAGUCAUAAUCCUAAAAAUGGAGAGCGCCGCGACAGCCAAAAAUACGUAGGGGAUGAAAUUCCAGCUGUCCGCUAGACAGCAUGCAGCACGCGGAGAGUGGCCAGAGGGCGGUGUUUUUUAUCUUUUUUGGAAAUGAAUAAACAUUGGCGAGGUGAGUGUGUGUGUUUGGGGGUUAUGUGGACUCUGACGCGUGUUUGUUCGGCGACGAAAAAGGGCGAGAUUAUUUGGCUCUUAUCUACGAAUUGUUUGCACAAACUUUUUCUUGUUUAAUCUUCUGCCCAAUGGGGUUGUUUUUGGAAACGAGACUUUACGCAACUAUUCAAACAAGCCGGCUUUCGAAAUUCGGAGGCUGAGGUCGCGUUGCACCGCCAGCUCUGAACAGUUGCAGUUUGAAGAGUUUAAAGAUUUGUGGGGCGCUUUUGAGGCCUUCGAGGCCAAUCAGACGAAAUGAUAUUGUUUGUUUGGUGCUGGUUACUUUUUACUCUUUGGUUACACGCCUCGUUUUGUUUGCAUAACUGACAUUUGGACGCCUUUCAAUUCGGAAUUCGAUCUCUGAGCGCGUUGUAAAGUCUGCUGUAAACCGGCGGACUUGAUCCCUUUUGUUUUGACCUUUUUUCCAGGGACUUUUGAUGGAAUUCCGAUUCUUUUCUUCCCCUCCCCUCCCCCAGACUUUUUUGUUUUUUGUCCAAAAAACAGUUACAAAAUGUCGAUGCGUCAUUUGUGCAUGUUUUAUGGCCAAGACUGUCCCCCUUUUUUGUUGUUUUCCCAUUGUGUCCGGCAAACUUUCUUGCUGGCCCAACCAAAUUGCGUGCGUUGUUCUUUUUUGGGACAGCGGAACGAACAAAUUGGCCCCGCGAGACAGGGCACCCUGUAGCCAUGGGGAUGGGAAAGUGUCGUGGACUAAUUUGCAAUUGUUUUUACGACGCCCUAAGGCGAUUAAAUUUUGCGUGCCCAACAAACAUGGCAUCAUAAUCGUGUUUAAUUCGCGUGCCCUGCGGGCAAUUAACGGAGAUUAUUGGCAGGUGUCAGACUUGUUACAGGUAAGUCAAUAAUCGAGUUAAAGCCCGCCAUGAACGGGCUGCUGGAGCAUGUUUAAUAUGAUAUACAAACAUGUCAUUAAGUCAGCAGCCAAUCUCAUUGAGGGCUGCUUCGAAUCUGAAUGGUCUGACCUUCAUUCAAAUUCGAAUUCAAUUCGAAAAUAUUCCCGAAAGGUGAGAGUCCACAAAAAACCGCGCCACAUUACACUCGGCGCCCAUAAAACGUAACAUCUUCCACUUCCUUUUGUGAGGCCAUAUUCGGAACAGGUGUGAGCCGGUCCCAGGCCGGCCAUCCUCCCCACCCCGUUUCCUCUUCGGACCCCCUUCACACGCCUGCAUAAAUUAUUCAUGGCGCUGGUGUGUGUCCGCAGGGUCGUAUUUUCGCGUGCAUACAUCGGUUGUAUCUUUGUUGGUGCCUGCAUAAAUAUUACGUCUUUCCCGUGGUGUUUAUGCAGAUGCUUUGGGUUGAAGGCGCUGACGUGAUCCGUCCCAUCUCUUGGCCAUCGAAUUGUGGUCGUGAUGAAAUCGGACGGAUGCUUGAUUGGGGAUAAAACAUACCGCUUUUGUUGUCUUAUCUCUUUUUUGGGUUGUUGGCCUAAAAGAUUAGGCAAAUGAGUCAGUUGUUGUUCAAUGCAAAGCUCCGGGAAUCACGUAAGAGAUUAUCGCUGCUGAUAAGGCUAUCUGAGGUAUUUUGAGGAAAUUUCGACCUCUUUUUCGAGUUGAAUUUGCCGGUCUAAUCCGUUGAACCACAAUAUUGUCCUCUCGAAACCAUCAGCCCAUUUUAAGUUUGAGUUUUACCUUUUAAAAAGCGCGUCGCAGCACUUUGCCCAUCACUUUUUGUAGUGAUUAUGCACUGAAUUUGCAAAUCUUUUAUGGUUUUCCCGAUCAGGAGGACACUCAAUAAAUUACACAUCAGAGGCCUGUGUUUUUAUUUGAAUUGGUGCAGAUUUUUAAACAAGGGUAGAAUUUAAACAAAAGAAGAUUAAACCGAGAGCGGGAUAUUUAUUCAGCGGCGAGAUUCGAGAUGGGUCUUUGAUUCCAACGCCCAAAAAAGGCCAGUUUUGCAAAAUUUUCGGAGUUUUUCGAUGGAGUUUAUGUUGGUUUAAGAAGCGUAGAAAGGAGCCUAAUUACAUUUUCUGUUAGUUACAGUGUAUAGAGUCACCUUUAAAGCGCUUAAAAUUAGUUUAUUCAUCACUUUAUGGCGAAAAAUGACACUUGGUGCAUGGGAGGUGUCAUUUUUGUGGGCGAAAUCGGAUAUAUUGUAAUUUAAAGUCCUGAUUCCGGAUUCCAAUUACCCUUCCGGCCAUCUGAACUCGCUUUUCUGCAACUCCGUGAACUUUCCGUGGGUUCGAAUUUCGUAUUUGCUCCGACGUUUUCUAUUCUUUCCCCUGCCGAUUUCCUUUCAGCCGGCUGACGAAAGUUUGUGUUUCCCCUCGCAAAAUAUUUGUUUUGUUCGAAAAUUUAAACAACCUCCAUUAAAGCGGAAAGAGUUCAAUUUAUUUUUAUUCAUGCGAAUUUUCGGAAAGAGAAAAUUGAAUAAAUAGAAUUCAGAGUAAACUAAAUAGAAUUCGCGAUUGAAUGGAGGCAUAUGAAAGGAGCUGGGAGAGAGUGCUUAAGUUGGAGAGACGCCAGAGAAAUCACGGGAAAUGACGACGAAAGAGUCUUAAAAACAAAGAUACAUUAGAGAAAGGCCUCGGGCAAAAAGAUUUUUUGAUGACUAGGGAAAUUAAGGAGAGCCCAGAGAAAAGAAAUAGCACUUAUUUGGAAGAGAGUGCCCGAGAGAGCAUGGAAAUAUUAAUGCGCACGAGAUUUGACGCCUUUCCCCGCGGGCACGACACAAUUCGAAGAAAACGCCAAAUAAAAUUACUACAACGUUUUCGAGUCCGAUGUUUUUUUGUUCCACAGCGUUCCCCUUUCCCUUCCGCUUCACUUUUUUCGUUCAAAGACCAAAAUAGUCCCAAAAAAAUUGAAUUGAAAAAAAAAUUUGAAGAGUGCAACUCUUGGACUUGUUUCGUUCGGAAAACUUUUUUCAAAAAACUUUUUAGUUUGUAAAAAGUUUUUUUUUUGAAGUUAUCGGAGUUUUUUUUCGUCGGUCUGAAGGUGUUUGUGAUGUAGUUUGGUCUAAUUGUAUGUAGUAUUAAGUUGUAAGUAACCGCGUCUUUGCGACUUUUGGGAUGACCUUCAACUUUUUUAAUCCUUUCCAAAACUGUUUGAAGUAGUCUCGUUUGAAACGGGGCGCUGGUUGUAAUCACCUCUCUUGUAAAGUAAUUAGACAGUUUCGCGUUUGUAAUGUGUUUUAAAACGCCGUAUUACAGCGUUAAAGUUACCUUUUCGUAGUGCAAAUACCACUAAUUUGGGCGACUUUCUUCGGGACUUUACAAUUUCGUUAAACUUUUUAUGUGACUUUUCUGAGAGAGUGCGUUAAAGCCAGUUUAAAACUUUUUCAUUUCCGAUGACGUCAUGCCUUUGAAUUUCCCAUUUUUUGCUCAAAAAUUUAUCGUUUUUCAUUUGUCAGCACAAGUUUUUAGUGCUUUUUGACGGGUUCGAAAAGGGUCAGGGAUAUCCGGCCUAAUGAAAUAUUUAUAUCCGUCAGUCGUUUCAUCAGAAAUUAAUACUUUUUUCGCUCUCCGUUUUUGUUGCUUUCCCAACUUUUGGCCCUAAAAAUACGAUGGAAAUUGAUAGUUUUUCAUCUUAAAUUUUUUUAUUUUUGUUCUCUGAUCCCUUCCUUCCCAAUGACUAUAAUUAAUUUCUUUUUGUGUCAUAGGUUCUUCCUUCUUCUUUUUCCACUUUAUUUUUAAAUAAUGCACGUGUUUACGUCAAAAAAUUCUUCCGAAAAAUGCCAAAGGUCAGAUUAUGAAAGGUCCAAAAAUGGGAGUAAAAGUAAUUUGAAAGUGUUGGAAAGCCCGUAAACAGUCUUUGAAUUCUAUUUCCCUGUAAAUUCGUUAUCCUUUUGGGCCAUUUUUGGUUCCCUUUUUCUGCAGAACCACCUGAAUCUCAUUUUCGUUCCUCGAAUCCACUCUCCCGGCCCCUCUAAUUCGAUUUCUCGGCCCCAAAAUUAUUCCAAAUUAGAUUUUGGGCCGCAAAUUUUUCUUUCCAAAAGUCUUAUUUUUUGUUGCGGCCUAAAAUAUUUUUUUGCCAAAUUUUUUCCCUCGGAAACUGUUUGCCCUGAGGCAAUUAUUUGGCUGUUUGUUUGGAACGUCACAGAGUCUAAAGCGGCCCUUAUCAAUCGCCUGUUUUCGUCGCCCUUUUAAAGCUUUUUUUUGUCUUUUCUCUCCCUUUUUUGGUGAUUGUAAAAAUACAACAAGUGAUGGAAAACAAACAGUCUUGAGGUGAUCUUCUUAUCUUAUCAGGGCAUCUUGUGAGCGACCAAACUUUUGGAAUUACAACUUUUUGAAGUUAAGGGGCUUUAUUUUAAUACAAAGGCGUGGCCGUUGGUAAAUAGACUAUAUUUUGGAUAUUAUUCAUGAUCAAUGGACGUCUUUGGGGGCGAUAUUUUUGUAAAACUUGACCGUUCUUUAAUCUCGACUCUGUGACUGUCAGUUUAUCGCUUUUUUCCUACGAAUUACAGCGAUUUUAAACUGUUUUAAACCCUUUUUUAAACUUUUUUCCACCCAACUUUUUGAUGUUGAAAGGAAUAGCCCUUUUUCCAUUAAUUAGUUUACACAAACUAUGCCCUCGGGCGUUGUUUGUUCCCGUUUUUGGAUGACAGCUCCCAUCACUUCCUCUGUGCAUUCCGUCGGUCUUUUCCCGACCAUUCCCUGACCAGUAGCGACCCCUCUGUCAACUCGAAUCAUCCAAAACAUUAACCCCCCAAAAACCAUUCGUUAAAGUUCGAUUAAUCACACAAAAAAAAAAGUUUUUAAAAAUACGCGGCCCUGCACGCUGUAAGAUUACAACAAUUACACUGCUACGUGGGGGCCGGCGGGGCAGGGGAAGGAAGGUGGGGCGAGAGGGGCCGGCCGACUUUACAGUCAAAAGUGCGAACAUUUGACGCCACAAGUCGAGGCGGACGGAAAUGGAAACAGACUUUCGGAACGCUGUAAAAGGCGCUGCAAACGACGUUAUCGGCUUUUGAUUUGUGAUUUCAUCGCUGUUACGCAAUCGCUCCGAUUUAAUGGGGCGUUUCGGGGGUUUUUUAGGGUGCGGGUGAUUUUUGCAAGGAAAUCCCUUCUUUUUCCGAGGGAAAAUGGAGUUCGCAAAUUCAUUUUUAUGACUUUGAUGACGUCAUUUGCUUUUUGGAAGCUUCCUUUUUGUCGCUUGACGUCCUUAACUUUUGCAAUUUCCUUUUUUUUUUGCAAACUGAUAAAUGACCUUAGGGGCUAUUUUGAUUUCGCAAUCCUUUCUCUCUCGACGGCCGUUACAACGCCAAGAGUCAUCGUCCGUAUAUAUUUGUGUUUCCACGUUGUAAUGCAUCUCCAAUUUUCUUCCCAUCUCCAUCUACGUGUUUUAAAUUUUAUUGAUUCUAAUCGUCGGAUGGAAAUUCGGAAUUCAGACUACUUUAAACCCCAUGAUUUUCGAUUUCCCAUACCCUGCCUAUCCUCCACUCGAAGCCGCCGAUGAUUUCGAUAUUUGCACAGCCCUAUCAGCGGGGUUUAUCAGUUUAAUGUGCUCAUUAAUUGGACUGAUAAGCGCGUAUCAGUGAGACGAAAAUUGCACAAAAAAGGCAUCCCCAUCAUUACAACCGGCUUAUUUGCGGAACCCGCGGAUUCAGCUGACUGUUUUGAUUGUUUUCGAAAAGUCGGGAGUAUCAGUGCGUCCAGUGUAAUAUGUUUUCAUCGUGUGUUUUCUGAUGUCUUUCCAUCUUUUUAUCUGCAGUUUUGGAACCUUUUUUUUGCGAAACGGAAUUGGCUUCCAAUCUUUGACUAAUUGCUUGCCCUUAGGCGCUUUAUUUCUCAAUGUAUUUUUGAAGAUUACACUUUUUACUUUACACUCCGAAUUCAGCAAAUAGUCAAUUUGUGGUUUGGAUUUUCGUCAUUCUUUGCUGAAUCACGUUCCCAGUUGUAAUAUGUUCCGAAAUGUAACUAGUAAUCGCUCGGAUUGUGAGUGGGAAUACCGAGAACACGUCUUCAUUAUCGCCUUUUUUUCUUCUCGAACUCUUAAUGGCUGUAAAUUACAAUAUUACAACGGGUGACUUUAUGGAGAGAGAGAUCUGCCUUCCGCUUUUCUAGUCUUUGAUUUUGGCGGGAAAUUCGAAAAUAAGGUUUUGUAAUUAAAAAAUUUUGUCUUAAAAUUGCAUUUUUAAGACUUUGAAAUUACACAAACCUUGGUCCAAAACAUUGUUGGCGUAAUAUUACGGCUCAAAAGAGUGUCUUGAGAAAAUGAUGCACUUUCUUGCCCUUAAGCAGGUCCUCGGAUUACAUCAUCGUCUGCAAAUCGUAAAAUUUAUCUUUAUCCCCCCACACAAAAGCCGCUUAAUCCCAUGAACCCAAUGGCUCUUUUUGAGUACAGUCCCAUAAACCCUUCGGAAUUGGGAAUUAUGCAGCAGGAACUUUUUUGCCGGCGUUUGUCCCUUUUUUGUUUCCAGUUUUUUGUUGUCUCGGGCCCACAAAUUUAAUUCCAAAUGCAAGUUCUCAAGUCCAGAAGCCCUGAGGGCAGAGUAAUUGCAUUUGGGGGAAGGGCGCAGCUAUUUGAAUAUAUCGGAAUCCAAAUAAAUUGGGUUAUGGACGUGACUGUGGGGCCGCGGGAAAUUAGAUUGGGGGCCCGGUAAUUGGAUUCAGAGCAUGGUUUUACAUUUUUGGACAUUCUCGAGAGGCCCCGAAUUUAGUGGCCCUAGGCUGCGUAUGUGGCCUAUGUUCGGUGGACGGUCUUAUUUUGGGUGGAUUGCAACAUCCCCUCCGGCAAUUGCAACAUCUCUUUCGGGGUUUUUUUGGAGGAUAAUUUGAGGGAAAAUGUUUUGCUACAAUACGAAUGUCAGAUGACGCUUUUUUCAUAUUACACUUCCUCAAUUCGUAUUCUAAUCAGUUUUUGUUUUUCGUAGUGGGCCUACAAUUCUCUACAACAACUUUGAGAUCUCCCCUUCACUGUGAUUGUUACCCUUUCCUUUUGAAAACCCCCUUCUUUUAAGAAGAUGUACAAUAUAAAAGUCGGUUUCUCAAAAUACGACCAUUUUUUGUAGCCGACGGAUGUUGUAAAUAUUCCAUUUUUGAAGAUUGUACGUGUACAAUCGGGGACUACAAUUUCCGACUUGUAGGGAGUUGAUUGUACUCUCCAUGAAGUCGUAUUACCUCUGCAAAUGUCGGCUUUGUACGAAGUCGCUGUUUCGCAUUUCGAACAUGUUGUUUUGAGAGGGUCGUCUUGGCAACGAACACAGUUUUACCGCGAAUGGGUAGAUGGAGUUUUGUAGGGGAGUGUGGUAAUCAGGCCGGCGUUUUUGGCCGCCCCACCGCAAGGCGCUCUUUCUGUUGUUUAUCGGCGUUGACAAGUCCGUUGAAUGUUUUUUCCGGGUAACUCAAUUAUCCAAAUUAAAUUUCAUCGUCCCCGUUUGCACAGGAUGUAAAUCCGUUUAUAAAUUAAUUUCUUUUUAUCCAAUUUUACCCUCCAAAUAUCCCAGUUCCCUUGGGUCAGUCCCGUUUUGCGGAAUUUUAAUACUUUUUUGCACUCUGAAAUUCACUUAAAGUUUCGCGAAACCCCGAAAUAAACAGUUUUUUGCACGAAAAUAUUGUGAAUAAUCGGAAGUGAAUUCGGAAUUUCAAACAGAUGUUUUUUAAUCAAAUUCGCGGCCUCUCCCGGAUUUUUAUGCUGAUUAAAUCAGCGGCUGAGACGAUGAUUUGAUUAGAUACACCCACAAAGAAUUGGAAGAGCAUGAUGGCCAAAGGGUUCGAGAAUUGCGUAGUAGAAAAUAUUGUUUGGAAUUUGGCCUUAGGCCAUGAGAACAGCUGUCAAACAAAGUGCAAUGAUUCAAUUAGUUAAAAGGGCAGUUAAUCAUCGUUGAAUAGUAUGGCUUGUAACUUGUAAUCGUUUAUUCGGUCUACUUGAACUCAAACUAAAGUAAGUGAGACUAGUUAAGUUCUUCUGGAAAAUGCAAGGUUUAAUACGCACAGGUAAACAAAAUAAAUAGGGUUACUGUACAUACAUCUCCCACAGCGACUUGUAAACUGUUUACUGGACCGCUUACUCUCUUGCCUCGUGCUUGUUUGCACUCUUUAUUCCCAUCCCUCGAUGGCACCACUUUUUUAUUCAUUUUAAUUUAAUUUCCAAUCAUAAAUUCACUUACUCAUGCAGACUUUGUAGGCUUUCGAAGUUUUUAUUCGUGAAUUUGAUAUUACUGCAAACACCCGCAGUCUAACCGGUGAAACAACUCGGUUCUUCUGCAUUUCGAGUGCUCAUGUACUUGGUAAUAACUUAGUAAUACCAAAAAAUCUCGUGCUAUUUUGUUUACGACGUUUGGAAUACCUGAAAAUGCCGAUUUUGGCUAUAAAAGAGGCUUAAUUCUGAGGGUACAUAGCUUAAAAUAUAAAGGUAACAACGUAUUGUUGUUCGGGUCGCUUCAUCUUUAUGCAUUCCCAUCUUCUCACAUCACCCUUCCUCCUCCCCCACGUACGUACUGGGCAUUUAUUCAGCACAACAAACAUCGACCCGUCCUCUCUCGUCCCCCUCUUCCCAGUACGAUUUAUUCAGUUAUUCAAAUAAACGUGCUCGCCUCAGUCUUUCGAGUCCGUCGGCCCUCUAUUCAAACAUCGCCCCUUCUUCUGUUUGAUUUAAACAUUUUAUGCACGAAUAUUCGAUUCCAAUAUUUUUCCAUAAAUUUUUCAUAUUUUCCCAUUUUUGGGGGGCCAACCCUUGUUUGGAGAAGGCCGCAAAAGUUCGUCGGCCGAUAAGCAGUUAUUUUUAGCCUUAUCAGACUAAUUCUGACCGCCGUUUGAUGAUUCCACAAUAAUUAGAGAGUGAGGGCGACGUCUUGUGAGUAAUCCGAUAUUAUUCAUCAGCGAGAUUAGUCUUUGUUUUACAUGGCGACUUUUUUGAGUCAAAAAUUGAAUUUUGCAUAUAAACACGGACAGUGCAGUAUUUACUCGCUUAUAUUCCUUUUAUAUGUGUUUAAUGUUCCAAUUCUCUUGCAGAAUUCCCAACUUCGGCAGCCCAACCUGUCGAACACGUUUGCCUCCACGGUCAGCGCGCCGUCCGCCGUCCCGUCCGGCUCCUGCCUUCCGCCACAUCACGCCACGACGGCAUCGGCAGCGACGGCCGCAGCGCCCGCACAGGCGCCUCAGUCCGCCGCUCCGCCCGCCGCCGCCAACCUGCUGGCGGCGUCGGGCAUCGGGAUCGCGGACUUGGUGGCCCAACGUCGCCUCGAGCAGAUGCUCCAAUUCCGAAAGCCCUCAGAUUCGAUGGGUAUGGUCGGCGCCAUCCCUCCCCUCCCCUCGCUGAAUGGACAUUCAGAUCAGCCGCAGACCUCGGCCCAGCCCCAUGGUACGCCUUGCUCGUCGGCUGGCACGCCUGGUGCCGCCGGAACUCCCUCAGCCUCGAAUGGCCCGUCACGACCCGGCUCAGCGGCAAGACCGGCCUCGAAUUCGAGUCAGCCCGCCAAACGGUCGUUAUCAAUGGCCGAAGCGCAACAUCCAUUUGCUGCUGCUAAUGGUGGACCACCAAACAAACAGAUGAAGCUGGAAGAUCAGAUGGAGUUGUACAAGAAACAGCUAUUGGCAAACCAACGAAGGGCACCGCCCAACCCAACGGCGACGCCCAACCCUCUCUUGCCCCAACAACUCCAACAAAUGAACUUCCAAAUGCUCGGCCUGGCCCACCAAAUGAACGGUCAACUCGGUGCCCAAGGGCAAAACGAUAUUCGGUUCGCGGUUCCGCAACAUUUGGUCCCCAUGGGAAUGCAACAGAGGGUUCCGGCUUCUUCAGCUGCAUCCAGUAUUUCCGAGCAACAGGCAGCAGCCCAAAUUCAAGCAAGUCUAGCCAGUCUACAUCCUCAAUUAAUGCAACGAAUGGGCUUGAUGGGUCAAGCCCAACAGCAAAAGCCAGUCCAAUCAGCACAGCCGGCUCGGCCGCCCGCAGUUCAAGGAAAUCCGGUGAAACAAGAGAACGGAAUGUCAUUCCCUGGCGCUCCAGACUUUGAGAAAACGUUGAACCAGGCUGUUAACGCCAUGAAUGCCAUCGAUCCUAACCUCCUCAACAUGAGCUCCGGAAUCCCUGCAUUAAUGCAGAACAUCAAUCAAAGCAGUUUGUCCGAAACUCAGAAAGCAGUAAGCCAACUUUUCGUUAACUUUAUCUGUUUUUAGAUAUUCCGUCAGCAACAACAGAUGCACCAACAACGACUGCUACAACAGCAGAGCCCUCAGAAGUCGAUGUUAAAUCCUAUGGCUGGGCUGAACCAAGCGUUGAACCCCGGACUUAGCGCUGGACUAACGGCUGGGUUAAAUCCUCUCCAAGCUCAGCUUCGACUCCAAGAACAAGCCGUGAAGUCGGCGUUGAAUGGUCAAAUCAAGGCGGAAGAGCAACGCAAAUUGUCCUUGGCUUCGAUGCAACUCCAGAAAACGCAGACUCCCACAAAUCCCGGAACUCCCCAGUCUUCGCAGGCUUCGCAGAAGUUGCUGGCUUCGAAUCCAGCACCUUCAACGCCCGGUCGAUCUCAAACAGAACUCAGUGCUUCAGCCUCAACCUCAACCGCCCAAUCCAGCGCCAAUCUGGCUAGCCAGAUUGCGCAUGCGGCGGCCAUUGCUGAUAAGGCAAGCUUCAAGGCGUUGAAUCAAAAGCCCGCCAGUUGGAACUCCCUUCACGUUGAUGUUGCUUCAACUCUCAAAGAUUUGUUUGAUGAGGAUCGGACAAUGGAUGAUGGAUCCAGGGAAAUACAGGCGUGUCCUCGAGUGCCAGACGAAGUGGAUAUUGAGGAUCAAAAGGAAGGCCAGAGUAAAGAAGAACAGCCAUCAACGUCUUCCGAGGGAGGAAAAGAAGAGAUGAAGACAGAAGGAAGAUCUGACGUUACACCUGCCAGUGCUGGUGGAUCUCUUGUUGCUGGAACGAGCAUGACAAGUCCCCAUAAUCAAAGUAAGAACGAACUUUUUGCCCCCAUUACGAAGUGUUCUUACUCACAAUAUUCUUUGUUUUCUCGAAAAAGGGUUUCCAAAAAAGGGCACAAAAUUUGGUUUCUUUUUUUGGGAGAAAGAGUAAACCAUCAUUUUCCUUUCGGCCGUAAACUUCAGAAUUUGUUUUCUUUGGUUCAAAAAGCAAUAAUGUUCUCCAAGCAUCUUUCUUUGUUAGAUGUGCUUUUUUAUUCCCCUCGCUCUAUUCAGAAGCUCCCCCGCGGCGUUCUUUCUUCCCCCCUGAAACCGCACUGACCCUAAAGCAGCAUGUUUUUGCAAUGUGUUUUCGGCACACCCCGCCACUCCCAGCCAACCGUGAAAAUUGCAUUUUACUUUGACUAACCAAUGCCCAAAUUGUGCACCCAGCCUUAUAUCCAAUAACUGUUUGUUUUCAGCUCAAAACCGUCUGACAAACUUUGUCCCGCUUUCCUCGGCAAACUCCACGCCAACCACGUCGCAGCCCAGUCGAACUCCGCAGCCCGCUCAGUCGGCUCAGCCCACACAGGCCCAGCCAAGCCUAAUUUUCCAGCAACCACCGCAACUGCAGCCUCAGAUCGCUGUUCAGCCGUCGCAACAAGCUCAACUUCAGACUUCGUUGGCUCAGCAACAAUCAGUCGCUGCUAGCCAAGCGUCGAAUCUGAUGAGGGCCCCGACAGUCGUUGCUCAACAACAAGCACAACAGCAGAGAGCGAACGCCGCUUCUUUAACGCAACAACAACAACAGUUGCAGAGGAUGAUGGGGUUGCCGAUUAACAUCCACAACCAGGCUGAAGCCCUCAGGCAACAACAAGUUUUGGCCGGCUUUUCUGCUCAACAACAGCAAGAGAAGGCGAGGUUAGGACAGCUGAACCAAGCACAGCAAAGAGCGCAAUUCCCCUUCCAACAAACUCUAGCCAAUCAGCAAAACCGUGCUGCUCAACCAGCUCGACCCCCAACACAGCCAAAUCAAUCUGCCAACCAAGGAGCUGCCGCUCAAGCUGCAGCCCUGCAACAAGCCGGACUUGGAGGCCUAAGCCAAGAACAACUUCGGCAACAACAAGCGCUGUUGUCCAACCCAAUGCUGCAGGGCUUGUUGCCACCAAAUGGAAUGGUGACUGCUGAACAGUUGAACCUGCUGAACGUCUUGUCCCAACAACACCUGCAACAACAGCAGCAGCAACAACAACAACGGCUGGAGCAAGAGCGACAAAGGCAACAGCAAGUUGCUCAGCAACAAGCUGCUGCGUCCAGACAGCAACAACUGGCGCAACAACAACGACCAGUCCAGUCGCAGAACCUUCAGGCAUUGCAACAACAACAGCAACUUCUUCUUGCCGCCGUUGGUGGCCAACAACCUUCGACCAGUGCAAAUGCAGCCCUGUUGCAAGGCCUCAAUCUGCAGAAUGUUAAUCCGGCAGCUCAGUUGAUGUUGCAGCAACUAACUCAACAACAGCAACUCAAUCAGCAACAACUGGCUGGUUUGGGAUUGCCUGCAAAUAUAGUUGCUGCCCUGCAACAACAACAGCAACAGGCCCAACAACCGCAAGUUCAGAGUCAGCUGCAACAACAACAGAACCAGUCGCAGCUGCAACAAAUUCAAUUGUUGCAACAACAACUGGGGCAACGGGCGAUGGGCGGACAACAACAAGGCGGACAGGUCGCGAAUAACGUUGAUGCUCAAAUCCUGGCACUGAUUCAGCAACAAAUGCAACAACAGCAGCAACAACAACAGCAACAACAACAGCAGCAGCAGCAGAGACAACAUGUAAGUUGCCUAAACGUAUUUUUAGACUUACGGGGAGAGUACUCCAAGUGCCAAAAAAUUGUUUUCUAUGUAAGAAAUUCUGAGUUUCGCACUUGGGGUACUUCAAUCGUAUGAUUUAAAAUUGUGCUGUAAUGUUUCUUCUACAAAAUUAUAUAGUUUAAAUUGCAGAACGAGCCAGCUGCGUCCGUAUCCACCUCUCAGGCUGGGUUUCCACAAAAUAUGGAGGCUGAAUUGUUGCGUCAGCUGCAGAGUGGCGUCAAUCCAGUAAGUAAUUUUGACCAAAACACAAGACUUCCGGGAAUUGUUUUUAUAAAAUUUUCAUUUUUUGGUUAAGCAAAUAUUUGCGAUUGCGUAAUAUUAUAAAUUCAUUUCCCAGAGCCGAUUUCGCGAUCUAAAAUUAACUUUUUUUAGAGUCUGCAGCAACUGAUUCAACUGCAACAGCAGCAGAGUCAGCAACAACAACAUGCUGCGGCGGUCUCGCAAGCCCAGCCAACUGCAUCGAACGCUCAGCUACAACAACAACAGCAGCAGAAUCUCUUCCAAAUGCAGAUGGCACAGCUUCAGAACCAGGCCAGGCAGAAUGGAAUCAACUUGGGAUCGACGGGCAUGAUGGAUGCGGACAUGUUGUUGGCCCGACAAAUCAGCGGCCAAGUGCUCCCGACCAAUCUCCAGACCCAAACUCAAGAUCGCCAGAGGAUCAGCGAAGAUCAUCGACAGUUCAGACAAAUGUUGUUGGCUGCCGCGAACACAGCGCCAGACGUAGGGCCAAACAAUGGCCAUUUCAAUUCAUUGGCCAUGAAUGGGCAGAGGAAUCUACAGGCUCAACAACUGAAGGCUGCUCAACAACAGGGCCUGAUGGUGAAUGGACAGCCGAUCAAGAAAACCAGCAACGCCUUUGAUCUGAUGAAUGGCCAACGAUAA